GGCAAAUGAAAUCACAUGUCCGUCAAUAGCAGUCAUCAUGACUUCACACCCUCUCCAUAUGCGCCUUCGCAGCUGUCAAGCCAAACAGAAUGAGCUUCAAAUCUUUCCAGGUUAAUGUAGGUCAUGAAAUUUCCCCACUGCAUGUUCAGGAGACCCAAUUACCCAGGAAUUUUAACCAGAACCUACAAUAGUCCACUAUAUUCCCGCGUUCGUAGGAUCAUGUCAGAUGCAUUCCCUGACGUCGUUUCUCGCCUAGAGCGUUUCCAGGAAGCCCAGGAGUCAUUGUAUGGCGACCUCCGCUCUAUUACCAACCCCCAAGAUUGGACUCCACCCCAGCAGUCUGGAGGCCAUCGCGGUCGAUACCUCUGGACAGAUGCUUUCGGUGUGAUCAACUUCAUCACCCUACACCAUGAGUAUGAGAAAGCGUUGGCAUCAUCUGCCUCUGCGCCUGAUGACCGAUAUUUGACGCUGGCACGUCGACUAGUCCAGACAGUACAUGAUGUGCUGGGGCGCACGCGGGAUGGUCAAAGUCGCCUCCCCGGCGCAACAGACGACAAUCCGAUGGGCGGUGGACUGCGUAUUGGUAAGUUAGAAGAGCAUGGCUCAGACGGUGAUGGCCAAUACCAUCACUAUUUAACCAUAUGGAUGUUCGCCCUCAACCGGUUAUCGCUGGCAACAGGCGACCCAACGUACAAUCGGCAGGCGAUAGCUUUGGCCAGAGCAAUUCACCCUCGGUUCUUCAUCGGGCGCAAUUUGCCACGGCCGCGGAUGAUAUGGAAGAUGUCGAUGGAUCUGUCCACAGCACUGGUGGCCUCGGAGGGUAACCUGGACCCGGUCGAUGGCUUUGUAACAUUCCGGCUGCUGCAGGCGGCAGCAAUGCAGAUGGGAGAGGGUGAGGUGCUGGCUAACGAGAUCGCGGAUUACAAGAAGGUGAUGGAGAGAAAAGGAAAGCAUUUUGUGACCAGUGAUCCGUUGGAUCUGGGGAUGAGUCUGUGGACAGCACAUUGGUUCGCAGAGAAGGAGGAUUGGGCAACACAAUUGUCCGGUCAAUGCUUUGAACAAAUUUAUGAGCUUUUUGAGAUUGACCGGUACCUCGACCGCAGCCAUAAAUAUCGCCUGGCUUUUCGGGAAUUCGGGACUUGUAUGGGCAUCAAAUGCAUGUCAGAGCAGUCGUCCGAGAAAGAAAGCGCCGUCGAUCUCAAGGUGUAUGCCGACAAGAUCCUGGACUCAUGGAAUAUAUACAUGCAGAAAUCACUCGCAACAAAAGUGACGCCGGAUGAUCUUCGCCCAAUCACGCGGGUGAUGUACGCAUCGGCAGUGAUACCAGGGGCUUUUGCUCGCGGGUACUUAGGACCAGAGCCCAUGCCCAGCCCAGAGAGAUAACCAAACAAAGAUCCUGAGCACCCAAAAUGUACUUGGAAAAC